ACAAAACCAAGAACGCACAUAUGUCUACUUCAGUCCCCCACUCACAUUCUUGCCAUGCAAUCCCAUCAGUCCAUCAAUUACCAUCUCUACCACUCAUGGAGAUCACCGCCACCGCGGCUCGCGCGGAGAUCGACAGCUCCCGGCCGUUCCAGUCUGUCAGGGAGGCCGUCGAGGUCUUCGGCGGUGUGAGGUACGUCGCAGGCUCCCGUGGCAGCAGCGCAUCCAGCUCCAAGUUCAGCGUGCCACGGGCGGCUUCCCCGCCGUCAUCCACGUUGCUGGGCUGCCUGAAGAAGCUGGAGGCCGACCUGGCGGAGUCUAGGAGCGAGCUGGCGCAACUCAAGCAGAGGCAAUCGCAGAUGGAGAUGGCCGUCUCCAGCAUCGGCAUGCAGUUCGCAAACAGCCUGGGGAUCUUCUCCGACUCCGCGGACCUCAAGAAAGGGAAGGAGCUCGCCGUCAUCGACGUCGGCAGGACCGCGAUGGUCGGCGCAGAGGAGGAAUACGGUGACGGCCGGGUUCGCAGCGAUCUAUGGGUCGACGAGACCAGGGCCGAGGAGUGGAUGGCCAGCCUCGAGUACCUGCCGAGCCUCUCGGAGGCGCUGACAAUCAAGAUGGUCGAUGAUGACAUAAGGAAGAUGAAGAGCAACAAGAAAGCCAAGAAGAAGCAGCACAAGAAGCAGAGGAAGAAUGCGUUGUCCCUCGUGGGAGGCAUCUUCUCCAACAAGUGCAGGUGAUCGGAGACGACGGUUUUCUGUUUUGUUCAUUGCAUAUGCUUAUGUUUUCAAGAGUACAUGGUGGUUCAUAAGCUGCAUCUGCAGUAGUUUACAUGGCGUGUGUGUGGCACUGUUUGGAGCGUGGGAAUUUCGCAGGAAAACAAACAUCCAUUCUCAUCGGAUUUGGGGUUUCCUACGAAAUUCGUGCGAGAGCCUUGCCUUCCAAAUACGUACUAGGACUUUUGAUUUU